GCUUCUAUCGCGGAAAAAUUCCCUCGAUUUCUCAUCAUAGGAUUGGACAGGGGAGCGCGCCACUUUCGCACGCAUGCGCUUCACUAUUGGCGGGGAUCUGCAACGAUAGAAACGUUAAUGGCGGUUCAUUUAAAAUAAAUUGAAUAUUUAUAUAUUCAGUUUUAGGAUUUAUAUUGAAAUACACAGUCGGUUGAUUAAGUGUAAAAGUUCAACUUUUCCUCAAUGAAUUUCCAAUAUGCAUUCCGUACCCAAUAAGAAAAUAGGAGAUUUUCUGAGAAUGACUAAAAAAAACAUUCUCCUAUUGAAAAUGGAAUGCGUUACGAAAUUUACAGAGAAAAAGUGCUACAACCUUUAAUCAGCUGCCUCGACGUGGCAUUAGUUAACAUUUCAUCGAACACGAUAUGACUUACGUCGACAUACGAUAUGACGAAUACGUGCUACAUAUAUAUUACGCAUGCAAAUGCAAAUCGCUUUUGUCUUUGCCAUUGUUCCGACAGUUCAGUUUUACGUUACUUGAUGUUAAUUGCUGUUACUUUAAUUUUCCGUUCUAUGCGUUCUGUCAUGAGGACACGUGUUUAACAUGGUUACAGAAGGUGAUUGUUCCUGCACCGACACGACGGAACCGUCCAAUAUAACCUCUUUACAUACCGAUGACGUAAACUCUACCAGGAAUUCCGGCGCGCAUCUGUACGCCAAAACGAGCGGCAACGGAAAUGACGCCGCUGAGAAAUCUAAAGAAACGGGUCGCGAAUAUUCCCCAAAUACGCCGCCAGGUACGAGUCAUCGUGGAAAUGCGAAAUCGGUUCCGAUAAAACUGGAUCGCCAAUCGCAGCAGGACAGUCCGAGGAAUCCGCACCCGACGACUACGGCGGUAACGACAUCGCAAUUCCCGCAGAGUUUCCCGUGUCUCUGUCACACUCAUAAAAUCAACGGUUACGUUCUGCCGGUGAAGCUCGAGGAAGAACAUCCACAAUCGAGACCGUUCUGGAGCCGUUUCAGAUGGAAACGGCCAAGGAACGUGUAUUGCGGCAAGGAGAACAGGAUGUACGAGAUAAAGCUGAAGCAAAUUCAAUGUUCUCACUACGCCGAAAUGCGAGCAAAUGGCGCGCGUAAACAGCGAGCCGAUGCCGCUCGUGAACUUCAACAGCCUUUCGUCUGUUGUGACAUAUCGGAUGGGAUACCGAGUAAAAACGAUAAGUCCCACGAUCUUCCUGGCAAAUCGAAACUGCCCAAGCACCAGACGAGAACGAAACUCAAGAGGGAAGAAGCUGUAGAGAAGAUCGAGAUUUAUUACUUCGAUCAUGGGAACUCUGAAUAUUACCAAACAACAGAUUGCCAUCCUGUGUUAAUUACGGAUAAGUGUGCCGAGAAGACGGACCAAGCGGCGACUCGCUUCUGGGCGGAAAUUUUCGGCACGAUUCACAUCGGCACGGCAUUCGUCAUAGCUUUUAUCCUGCAGCUUCUUCGUUUCGUGCUGUACAGCGUAAUCCGGCCGUUGACAGUGGGAAUAUUGCAGUUGAUAGCGGAUUACUUCGUGAAACCUCUGCUUUCCAUCGUGUUCAACGCUCUUAUACAGCCAAUAUUGAUACUAUUCUACAAUAUCGCCACGUCAUUGAGAGAUCUCUGCGAGCCGAUAGCCGAAGCAAUCGGUCUGUUUCUUAGGGAGAUAGCAACUCUUUGCGCCGCGAUCAGACUCGUAGAAGUGAAGCACGUUCACCCGCCAACUACCACUUCUACUUGAGAAAGAUGGCUCGCAGAUGGCGAUGAAGUGAUACACUAAAAAAUAUCUUGACUUAUUACAAAUAUAUCUAACGAGAAGUAAGUAAAUUACUUCGAGAAACGAAAAUCGCUUGAAAUUAGAUUAAGUAUCCAAGACUUACGAUAAAGAGUUUUCAAUGUGCAGCAGAGGCGAUUAAUCCCGGAGGAUCAACGCGAUUCUUUGUGCCGCGAACAGAAUCGCGCAAGUCGAAUCUUGAGCAAAGAAAUUCACAUCCUCACUUGCGACUUGUCACCAAUAACACGUGCCUUAACACCAGG